CGUCGGGAAGUCCCAUUUCCAGUCCAACCAUAAAUAGGAAGAUUCGUUCUUAGCCGCUGAGGUUUUAGCGCAUCUCUGCACGCUUCGGCUCCUCCUUCCAUCUAGGGUUUUAGAGCGGCCUCGACGACCUGACGGGCUCCCCCCUCUUCCUAGAAAGCUCCUCGACCAUCGCGUUUUCUCAAUCUUAACCUCAAGGGAUCUGCAGCCAUGGACCGUUACCAGAGAGUUGAGAAGCCGAGGCCCGAAUCCGCCAUUAACGAGAACGAGAUCCGGAUCACCACCCAGGGCCUCAUUCGCAACUACAUCAGCUAUGCCACCAGCCUUCUUCAGGAAAAACAUUUAAGAGAAAUCGUGUUGAAGGCAAUGGGACAGGCAAUAAGCAAAGCUGUAGCGAUUGCUGAGAUUAUAAAGAAGAGGAUUCCUGGAUUGCACCAAGAUACUAGUAUUAGCUCAGUCAGUAUUACUGAUGUUUGGGAACCAAUUGAGGAGGGUCUUGUACCAUUGGAAAUGACUAGGCAUGUUUCAAUGAUUUCAGUUUCUCUUUCAACCAGGCUGGUGAACAAGAAUUCUCCUGGGUAUCAGCCCCCCUUACAUGUAGAACAGCCAAAACAACUACAGAAAUAUCAGCAACCUCAAUAUUAUCAUCAACAGCAGCAGCCAAGACAACCACCAGCUCAAUUUAAUGAUGAUUCAUAUGGCCGAGGACGUGGCAGAGGUAGAGGAAGAGGUAGGGGUUGGGGAAGAGGUGGAUAUGGUGGAUAUGGAAGUUAUGGAGGAUAUGGUGGAUAUGCAAACAAUCAAGGAUAUUCAAACAACCAAGGCUAUGCAAACAACCAAGGCUAUGCAAACAAUCAAGGAUAUUCAAACAACCAAGGUUAUACAAAUCACCAAGAAAACGGUGGCUGGAAUAAUAAUUGGGGUCGUGGUGGUGGCCGUGGAAGAGGAGGCUGGGAUUAUCGUGGUGCCGGAUAUGAACGAGGCCGGGGAGCUGGCGGGCGAGGCUAUGUCCGCGGAAGAGGUAGGGCGGCGGCCGGCCGCGGAAGGGGAAAUCUUGCCUAGCAAUGGAGUGAGUGGUGAUGGCACUGAGGUAUCCAUUUGCAUGCUUGUUUCUAGUUAAGAAUCUGAAAAAAAAAAGAAGGCUAUUUGAGAUAUUGCUAUCGUUUGAUAAGGUUUCUUUGCUAAGGGUAAUGAAUGUAUUUCCAGUCUAUUGCAAAAUAGUAAUCUCCCCUUCUCGCUGUUUUAUUGUCUCCAUGGGUUUGGAAAGUACUAAAAAGCAUCAUAUGUAAUGGGUUUCCUCAGCUUCCUCCCUUACCUGUAUCUAUUGUCAAUUCCCUGUGUAUACUGCUAGAUUUUAGAGUUUCGACUUCCAUGCUUUAUUUGUUGAUUGUUUACAUCUCUAA